AUGCCAGCGGCAAGUGAGGAUAUCAGAUCGGGAAAAUGCAUUGGAGUAUAUAGAGGACACGAGGGUACCGUAUAUAGUUUAGAUGUACAAUGGAAGGGUGGUGUUGCACCAAGUCGAGCCGUAUCUGCAUCUGCCAAAUCACGCCGAAAAGUUGGCACAGAAGACUCUGGUUUGGACGUAGCUGUUCUUGUCACAGGCUCACAUGAUCAGUGUGUUGUGAUAUGGGAAGUCAUUACCAGUCAAUUUGGUAAAUCAGAUCUUUCCGUCAAGGUGGAUCAAAUCAAAAAGCUCAAAGCACAUACCGGUGACGUAUACGCGCUCGAACUCCUUCAUGACGCAGAGAACCUUCGACGAAUAGGCACCUUUGUAUCUGGUGGUGAUUAUACUAUUCGAACAUGGAAUAAAGAUCUUUCAACUGCAAGUCAAACACUUCAUGGUCAUACAGGAUACGUGGCGUGUUUAAAAGUCCGCGGAAAACGGGCAUUCUCUGGCUCAUGGGAUACAACGAUUCGAUCAUGGAACCUUGAGACUGGAAAAGGCAUGCACGUGUUCAAGGGCCACAAAAACAUUGUCAACUGCAUUGAUGUCAUUGACACGGAUGUCUUUAGUGGAAGCUGGGACAUGAACAUUAUUCAAUGGAGUCGAGCUACUGGAGAAUUAGUGCAUAUCUACAAGGGACACACGGAUGGAGUGCAGUGCAUUCAGUAUUACGAAGAGCAACUUUUUAGCGGAUCAAUGGAUAAAACCAUUAGAGUAUGGAAUACAAAAACGGCAAAAACCAUCAAGACAUUUCGUGGUCAUCAAGGAGGCAUCGAGUGUUUACAUGUAGUGAAUGGAUACUGUUUUUCAGGAUCUUACGACAAAAUGAUUAGAUGUUUCAAGAUUGAUUCUGGAGACUGUGUGAUGAUGUUUUCUGGGCAUACAGAUGGAGUUUAUUGUCUUAAAGUAUUUGCGGGUGUAUUAUAUUCAGGCUCAGGGGAUAAAUCAGUUCGGCUUUGGGAUGUCAGGGAUCUCGUGCAGGCACGCCCAAAAUCAUGGUGGAGAAAACUAUUUUGCUGUGGGUAA